GGCCGCUGCGCCUCCCCGCCGGCGCCUGCCCUGCCCUGUCGGUCCCAGCCCCGGGCUCCGCGCCGGGACGCUCUCGGCCCGGAGGUCCGGGGCGUGCGGUCGGGACACCCCAGCCCCGGCCCGGAUCCAGUGCACCGGCGGGACGCUCCUGGCCCCACCGUACGGGUCCGUGGUUGCGGGUUCGUUUCCAGCCUUUCUAUCGGCGCGUGUUGGAGCCCCCAGUCCUCCGCCCUCGGGUUAGCGCAGGGUGGUCUCAGCCACCCCACCCCUCUCCCUCCACCUGAGUGCAAAGGAGCCCGGGCACCCCAGAAUCUGACUCCCCGAGACCCUAACCUUCAGCUGCCUCCGACUGAGUGCUCCGUUCUCGGAAGAGUGCGAGCGCCCGGGAAGCCCCGGCCGGGGUCCAGCGCCCCGUGAGGGCAGGACCGUGGGACUGAACCACAGGGCUGGUGCUGGGACCCGAAGCUGCCACCUUCCUGCCGCUCCAGGCGAGGGGCUCAGCGCUUGCCCCGAAGAGAACACAGGGGCCCCCUUCUGCCCCGGCGGCCGGCGAGAGCCGAGACUGCAGCUCUCCCAGUGAAGUGACAUCACCGCCUCUGUGGAUAGGACGCCCUCAGGAGCCCAGCUCAUAGCCACUGGUACCUUCUUCCAGGACCAGCCGGGGCCUCCAUGGGCGCCUGAGGGCCGGGCGCCAGCGCGGCGGGCACGAGCAUGGUGAAGCACCAGCCCCUGCAGUACUAUGAGCCACAGCUGUGCCUCUCCUGCCUCACGGGCAUCUACGGCUGCCGCUGGAAGCGCUACCAGCGCUCCCACGAUGACACCACGCCGUGGGAACGCCUCUGGUUCCUGCUUCUCACCUUCACCUUCGGCCUCACGCUCACCUGGCUCUACUUCUGGUGGGAAGUCCAUAAUGACUAUGACGAAUUCAACUGGUACCUCUACAACCGCAUGGGCUACUGGAGCGACUGGUCUGUGCCCAUCCUGGUGACCACAGCCACCGCCUUCACGUACAUCGCUGGCCUCCUGGUCCUGGCACUAUGUCAUGUUGCCGUGGGGCAGCAGAUGAACCUGCACUGGCUGCACAAGGUAGGGCUGAUGGUCAUCCUGGCCUUCACGGUGGUGGCCAUGUCAGCCGUGGCCCAGCUGUGGGAGGAUGAGUGGGAGGUGCUGCUGAUCUCCCUACAGGGCACAGCACCAUUCCUGCACAUGGGGGCCCUGGCUGCGGUCACUGCACUCUCCUGGAUCGUGGCAGGACAAUUCGCCCGCGCAGAGCGGUCUUGUGAGUACAACUGGCUCAAUGUCCAUGCGGCCAG